UUCCGGUCGGACCGGAAGUGUGCGCAGCAUUUUUUUUUUAUUAUUUGUUUUUAAACUUGUGAUGAUGAGCCCGUAACGCGUCAACCGAAGUGUUAAAGGACACCCGUCCAAAUCACCAUGAAUCCAUCUAAUCCGUUUGGAAGCCUCCAGCCCGGAGCGUUCCAGGCGGCGAGCAACACCAUGAAGGCGGGAGCUUUUCCGACUUUCGGCCAGCAAACGUCCACCACUCCGCCUCAAGCGGUGGGGUUGUUUUCAUCGUCUGCGUUUAGUCAACCCACUGGUUUAAAACAGAACACUUUAGGUGGGAAUUCCAUCUUUGGACAGGGCUUGUCGUCUACAACAGCAAACCCGACUCCUGCCUUCGGACAGCCUGUGGGAAUGAGUAGCUCGGGAUUUGGUGCCUCCACGCCUGCAUUCGGAACCACGAAGCCGAACAACCCGAGCUCUCUGUUUGGACAAAACCCUGCUUUUGGGCAGACCCCCACGUUUGGGCAGCAGGCGUCAGGACUUGUUAAACAACCACCCCCCUAUGGUCAAUUUUCUUCAGGAACGGGCUCUUCGGUUGGAUUUGGGUCGUCUGUGUUUGGCAAACCGCUGACCACAAGCGCCAACACCAAUGUCUUUGGAAUAACUCAAGAUCAAAAUAAAGGCUUUGGUUCAGAUUUUAGUUUCAAACCUGCCAAUGAAGCCGUCUUCAAACCCAUUUUUAAUGCCAGCACCAACCCGUCAAAGCCUACUUCCUUUGCUGGUACAACCUUUGGCACCUUGGCCUCUCAGACCAACAGCAGCACCAUGAUGACUGGCACAAACAGCUUCUCUCAAGCCCAGGCUGCACCAUCAGGCUUCAGCUUCUCCAAACCAGAAGCGGCACCAUCUCUUUCUGUGGCAAGCAACCAGUUCACAGCUGGAACUACUACAGGUCUAACCAGUACUCCACAGUUCACUUUCUCUCAGCCUGCUGCUCCUUCCAGCUCAAAGAGUUCAACCACACAGCCCACAUCCCCGUCGUCUUUCAGCUUCGCAGCUAAACCUUUAUUUGGAGGAGGAAACGCUGCCCCCUCUGCUUUUGGUGAAGUUAACCCAGAAACCAGUGGAUCCAACAAGGGGCUUGAUGUUGAGGCCAAAGGAGACACCAAUUUAUUUCCCUUCAAAGGCACCAAACGUAAGGAGGGAGCCAUAUCUACAAGUCCAGCCCGAGACCCUGCCAAACAAAAUGAAAUGGCAGAUACAGAUCAACAGAGGCAGCCCCCAAAGAGACCGCUAAUGAGGACCCGUGGGCCCACAGCAGGAUUAUUCGGGAAGGCUUUGAGUGGAAUUAAAAAAGAGCUGAGUGGCAAGGCGGGACAAGAGCCGAGUCGUCAGCCGCCGCCGCUGUUAGGAGAGAAGGAGAAAGACCAUAAGAGUGAGCUCCCUGUAGCUUCACCUGUGAUGACAGCAGUAACCAGAGAUCACCAGGAAAAACCAACAGGAUCAGCUCCAGAUCCUGCUAAAAUUACUACACCAGUACGACAAGUCCAGACUCCAGAAAAACGAACCCAGCGAAGACUGAGCUCAGAAACCCUUGGCGGCUCGUCGCCUACAGACUGCACCGCUCUGAACUGCCGCAACAUUCCAUCCGGCCUCAACAGGAAGGAUGAACUCAGAAAGCACUUCUCUCAUUUCGGAAAGGUCAGCAGGAUUUUCUGUAAGCCAGCCAAGAACAUGGCCAUCGUGCACUUCGCUGAUCAUGCAUCUGCAGCAAAAGCAAAGAAAAAGGGAAAAAUGUUUCACCAACAUGAACUUCUCCUCUUAUGGCAAAGAAAGAAACAGAGUCCUGAAAACAAGACAACUGACAAUAUGGUUGCAAAGGUUGAAACCCGGGAAGAUGUGGAACAGAAAGCUGCAUCCUCUCCUCUCAGACGACCUCAACUGAGACCACCGGGCCUCACCAGCUUGGUCGCUGGAAACCAAAGCACUCCAGUGAAGAAGCCAACACUUGCCAAGUGUCUCCAGUUUGAUGCAGAACCUCAGAGCGAGACAGUGUCAGAAACAGCGAGAUCUGAACAAAAAGUUCCUACAUCUCUUUUGGUGCUCAUCGACCAGGUAGCAGAGACUUCAGAGGAAAAGUAUCGUCUGUUGGAGCAGAGAGACAAGAUUCUUCGUCAAGGUCGAUCCAAACGAACAGACCUGGAAUCGUCCAAGGGCUUUGUGGGGACUUGUCCAGAUAUGUGCCCGGAGAAAGAGCGCUAUAUGAGGGAAACGAGGACCCAGCUGAGCAUAUUCGAAGUCAUCCAGGACACAGAGCUGGUGGAUCAUGCAAAAGCCGUCAAAGAGUACAGCCGCUCCUCAGCUGACCAGGAGGAGCCACUGCCCUUCGAGUUACGCCCGCUCCCGGUCCUCGGCAGAACCAUGGACUAUUUGAUCACACAGAUCAUGGACCAGGGUCAAGACAACCCACGGGAAUGGUACGAUUUUGUCUGGAACAGGACUCGCAGCAUCCGUAAGGACAUCAUUCAGCAGUGCCUCUGCUGCCCCCUCACGGUGUCUCUGAUAGAGAAGUGCACGCGCUUCCACGUCCACUGUGCCCACUCCCUCUGCCAGGAGUCGCUGUCUACGUUUGACCCCAAGAUCAACAACGAGAACCUGACCAAGUGUCUGCAAAGCCUGAAGGAAAUGUAUGAAGACCUGAAGACCCGUGAUAUCUACUGCCCCCAGGAGGCUGAGUUUCGCCAGUACAGUAUCUUGAUCAAGCUCAAUGACGGCGACUUCCUAGGUGACGUCCAACAGUACCGCCCUGAGGUGCGCAACUCUCCAGAGGUCAAGUUUGCUGUCAGUGCCUUUGCAGCGCUCAACAGCAACAACUAUGUUCUCUUCUUCAAACUGGUGAAAGGAGCUUCUUAUUUGGCCAGCUGCCUCCUGCACAGAUACUUCAACCAGGUCAGAGCAACAGCCCUGAAGAUCAUGGCCAUCUCAUACACGGUGGGCCCUCGGUCCACUCUGUUUCCGGUUGAGGACAUAGUCCGGAUGUUGAUGUUCAACAGCGAAGCAGAGGCGACUCAUUUCAUCCAGCAGUACGGCCUCAUCGUCAAUGAUGGUAUGGUGGAGCUUAAUCGAGUCAACUACCAGGAGCCCGACCUGCCCCUGUCUCCGAAGAAGUCCCAGGUCACCCUCGCAAAGAAACAGGUGUUGAUUGGGGAGGUAGUAAACGGACGACCCAUGCCAAAUACCCCACAACACACACCAGUCUGCAGCUUCGACAGCCGGAACAAGUACAGAGGAGAAGCCCUGAGCAUAGCGCAGGUCCCCACUGACUUGCUUAGAGCUCCAGCUGAAGCAGUGGAGUCUGAGGAGGCGAGCAGCUUUGACUCACCACAGCAAGCCCUCCUAGUCAGGCCUGCAGUCGUUGCAGCCUUCGGUGUUUCUGCUCCAACUCAGGUGGCAGGGGGGAAGUCCAAGCCUUCGCUCGAAAGCCUGACCUACAAAGCCGACCCACCGCAGCUUUUCCAGCCCAUUGCUGAACCUCCUCCUCCGAAACCACCAUCACCACCACCCAAACCUCCAGAGCCUGAGUACACCAAUGAGGACGUAACAGCUAUACUGGACAAUGUGAUCGAUGAGCUGAUCACUGCUGGUGUGAAGGAAAUUGCCACCGAUGCUAUCAGCUACGUGAAUACAGCUCUUGAGGAGAGUUGUGUGCAAGUGGAAUCGCUGGUAGGUGAGGUCACAGGUCAGAUGCUUCGAGAAGUUUCCACCACUGAGAUCAGCCUGGAGCAAAGUCGAGUGGCUGAAGAGAGACGCAGACAGGCGGAAGCAAGGAGGCGGCAGGAGCACGAGGCCUUUUUGGAUACGUUCAGCUCGACACUUUGCACGGACUUCAUCAACCAGGUUGUCAGUGAAACAACCCAAGAAAUUGCCGUCUCAGAGAUUCAGCAGGCGUUGGACGAGAAAGAGCGGCAGUUGGCCGAGUGCACUAGAGAGGUGUGUGGCAGUGUGAUAGAGGAGACGUUGGAUGUCGAGAUGGGGCUUCUGGUGGAAGAAGUCCUAGAAGUGGAGCUCAAUCGUAUUCAAAAGUACAUUAAGAGGUGGCGUGACGUGGUGGCAGUCCGUCGACAGCUGAAGCGGCAGAUGAGGAGUUUUCCUGCUGCUCCAUGUUUUGUUCAUCCUCACUCAAAGUUGAAGGCACUGGCACCCAGCGCGCCAGCACAGCCUGCCAUGGCCGACCUCGCUCGUGGUCUGGUGAACCUGGGGAACGCCGGAACAUUGGCUCUAUCGAGCACCAGGUUGCUGAGAAUCCGACAAGAAGUGAUUCAUCGUAUGAGGGUUCACAACUUUUACCAGCAGCUGUUAGAGGAGGUUGUGUGGGCACCACUGGAUCUGCCUGCAUUGGUGGCUAAAAACCUCCAUGACCCACCUGACAGAGUCUUCUGGAAGGCUGUUCUUCUUCUACCCAGUGAUCACGAGACGGCAGACAGUCCGGCAGACCAGAUUCUGUCAAACUGGCUCGAGGUCAAACUGGGUGGUGACCCAGAGGCCAAGCCGAAGCUCCAAGAGGUUGAUGGGAAACUGGAAACACUGUGUGUCUCCAUUGCUCCACGAGAGAGAGAUCAAGACGUUCACCAAGUCCAUGUCAGCGUCAAGGCUUCCAGGGGUCCACUAACUGAAGAUAACUUAACCAAAAUGGAGAGCUGCUGUGAGCUUCAGGGGUCCUCUGCUCUCGUGCUGCUGCUCCCUGCUCUGCCUGUCAUGGAGCAGGACGUCCCGCUGCUCUCUGCGCUGCUCCAGCUCAAACAGCUGCAGCAGGCGAACACCUGGCACUGCCCGCUGCCUCUGGUCAUUCUUGUGCCUGGACAUGAGCUUGACACUGGCAGACUCGAAGAAGAUCUGAUGCUGCAAACGCUCAAAGUUGAAGGUCUGAUAUCAGAGUUCACAUUUCUGUUCAUACCGGAGUCCACCAAUGAUCUGCAAGGGACAAAACAGCUGAGUCAUGCUGUACGUUGGCUGUUGGCUCGUGCGCCGCCACAGGUCACGCUCGCCUGCCAGACCUUGGUACAGCUUGUAGAGGCCAGUCUGAGUCGAGAGCUGAGUCCCAGAGUGUACAGCCACAGUCAGGAGCGAGCUUCCGCAGGUCUCCCGCCCCAGCACCCUGCACCAGUCACUCGUCUGUACAACUCCAUCCUAGCGCACAUCGCAGACGGGGUCUCCUCUCCGGAGCUUUCCCGGCUGUCUUGGCCGCCGAGCGAGUUCUGCCUGCCGGAUAACAAAGAGUUCGUCCCUCACCUGGGCUGGAACUCUCCCCGUCACCUGGCAUGGCUCCGGGAGUGGAUCCUCAGUUUGCAGCUGCCCGAGUGGAAGCAUGAGUUUACAACAGAGUCUUGGAGCGAGGUCUGCGCCACCAUCUCUGAAUAUGUCAUGCAAAUCCCGGCGUCGCCCAAGAGCCAGCCUCUUCUCAUCAGUCGGCUUGAGAACCUGCUGGAGAGAGUCAGAUUGAAGGUGGCCAAGCGCUACCAAGGAGAGUUGGAUCACUGGGUGGAUGAAGACCAAGGUCUGGAUGAUGUCUUCAAUCUGAUCCCGUGGGAGGAAGUGGUGGAGGUUUGCAUCGACCACAAGCUGAAAGAGUGGCAGAUCCUUGAACCGCCUGUGUGCCAAGGUUCUGUGACAGAAGACGGAGAGGUCCUGGUUUACUUUCAGCCGGACUCCUUAGAUGACUUCAGUCCCCCUGAGGAGUGGACCAAAGCUGUGAGACAAACCCAUCAGGAGAAGCAACUGGAGGGACGACGACUCCAACCUGAAGCCUCGACUCCGUCCAGUCAGCAGCGCCUCAGGCAGAAACUCUUCCAUAGUGUCCUGGAGUCUCUGGAGACCCCAUCACCUCAGCUGGACAUCUCUCACACUCCCACACCAGAUGAGGCUCUGGCUCACAAAGUCCUCCAGGAAAUCAAGGAAGAGAAGGCGGAAAAUAAAAGGACAAUGGAUCAGCUGCAGCGUUGGCUGGAUGGUGAACCACUGGUGAACUACUCGGCAUCUCUUUUCCUUCCGUCCUCGACACUGCUGACUACGUCCCCUGUAUUGAGGCCUUUGCGGGAGACCAGGUCCAGAGGUUCUAGAUUCACUGAGAGUGCAGCACAUGAUGACCUACCCGAGAAAGACACCUCAUUCAAAAGUUCCCCAGUUUCCAUGAUGCAGAAACUGAAUGAUCUGGAGCAGAAGAUUCGAUCAAGUCAACAGGAGGAGAUGGCCUGCAGACUGAAGCUCAGUGGAAUGCUCAGCAUUGUUGACAACUGACAUCUGCUGUCAACAAUGGACGACAUUUCUGUUACCAAAGUCUGUUUUUAAUUCUCAUAUGUGUCACCUUGAGUUCAUUUGCGUGGAUUGUUUGACACUUGAAAUCAUGAUCAAGUGUUGACCAGUUUUAUUAAAUAUUAAAUGUCUUUUUUUACAAUUACAGCCCAACUUUUUCUUUAGACUUAUGGAGGUGUGCAAUUAAUUGUAGGUUUGAGUAAUUUUCUUUCAAGUUAAAGUCAAAAUUUUUAACUUUUU